AUGUCUGAAAGAGUAUGCUCCCAUAAGGACCAAAACUUUCACAUCCCUCAAAAUAUUGUGGAUUCGGAUUCGAAGUUUCAAAACCUCACAAAGUUUGCAUUUAUCAGAGAUCCAUUCGAUAGGUUCAUCUCCUUCUAUCUACAUAUUUGUUAA